UUAAACCUAAACUUCAGCCAGUGUUCCCAUUAGUCAAAAUCAACAUCAAGACAUUUAAAAGAUUGUCCUACAUGUGUUUUACUGCAGAGUGGUGUGACAGCUUAACAAAACUAUGCCGAGCACGAACAGAAAGAAGCAGAAGAAGCGAAGCGACGAGGCUGUUCAGGGAACCAAUGACAGCAGCGUGGUGAGCAAGGUGUCGGCUGCAGCGCAGGGUUACUUCAGGGACGAGUUCCUCCAACAUUUUGUGUGCAAAGCGUCUAGAAGAGCACCUCUCAUCAACAGGGGCUAUUAUGUGCGCUGGAGAGCCGUGGAUUACUGUGUGAGGAGGUUCCUUCAGGUUGCUGGGAAAUGCCCCAAAAGACAGAUCUUAUCUUUGGGCGCAGGGUUCGACUCGCUGUAUUUUCGUCUGCGUGCAGAUGGAGCUCUGGACGGCGCCGUUGUGUUUGAGGUGGAUUUUCCUGAUGUGGCGCGACGCAAAGCCGCCCUGAUCGGUUGUAAUGGAACACUGAGAGGGAUGUUGGACUCCUGUUUACCUUCUCUUACAGGGCCGGUUUGCAUCUCCAGCGGUCAGUACCGCCUGCUGGGUGUGGAUGUGAGAGAGGAGUUGCAGGUGGAGGAGGCUCUGGGUGCAGCGGGGCUGGACUGGGCUGCCCCCACUCUCAUUCUCUCUGAAGUGGUGCUCACCUACAUGGAAACUCAGCGCUCCGACGCUGUGAUCAGCUGGGCAGCGAAGCUCCUGCCGCAGUCUCUGUUUGUGAUGUACGAGCAGAUCCAUCCUCACGACCCUUUCGGCCGCAUUAUGCAAGAUCAUUUCCUGAAACUGAAUUCCACUCUUCAUGCUCUGCGACAGUACCCAGACACCUCGGCACAGACACGCAGGUUCCUGGACAAGGGCUGGGAGCAGUGCGUGUGUCUGGAUAUGAAUCACUUCUACCUGGGGUUGAUCUCUGAGGAGGAGAGAGGCAGAGUGGAGAACUUGGAGCCGUUCGACGAACAUGAGGAGUGGCAUCAAAAAUGUUCCCACUACUUCAUCCUCACCGCAUCUCGGGGUUCUUUGAUGCAACAGGCUUUACUCCCUCCAGCUCCAGCAUCUCCAGCAGGGACCAUUAGCCCUCGCUGGAGUCCAGCGGCGCUGAACGUACGGACCGUCCCCGUGUGUUUGGAGGGCCUGGGGAUGGCCUCCACCUGGAUCAGCGGAGAGCAGGUGCUGCUGACUGGAGGCUCCAACAGAGGAGGACGAGGAGCAGAGACCAGAGUUCUGCUCAGAGGCCAGGAGGGCUGGAGGACCACGAGGGUGGAGACAUCAGUAGAUCUGAGCGUGCGACUUUACCACACGGCCACCCCUCUUCCCGGUGGAGGAGUGGUGGUGUACGGAGGCCGCUCCUCUCCGCUCAGCCCAACCACAAGCAUUUUCAUAGUGACUCCUGACGCUUGUGGUCCAGCGACGGCCAGCGCAGAGCCGGUGGUCUGCACGGGAGAGACACCGCCACCAAGAUGGAGACAUGCUGCCGCCGUGGUCACUCACCAAGACAGAAACUUCCUUUUUGUGUUUGGUGGGAAGAACCAGUCUGAGUAUGUUCUGGGUGACGUCUCCUUCCUGAGUCUGGAUCAGCAGCACUGGACUGAGCUGCCAGUAGAGGGCGCAGCACCGGCGGCUCGUCACUCCCACUCAGCCUGCUCAUAUCAGGGAGGCGUGCUGGUGUUUGGAGGACUCGGCCGGGGAGGGCUGCCACUGGGAGACACGGUGGCAUUGAGGCCAAAUGAAAGAGGAUUCUGCUGGGAGAGAAUAGAUGUGCAACCCCCACCUGUUCCCAGAUACUCCCACUGUGCCCAUGUGGUUGGAGACAAGCUGCUCGUGGUGGGUGGAGUUUGGAUGCACUCAGAUGGAGUCCCAGGCGUUGCCGUGAUCGACCUCAGCACGUGCACCAGCCUGGAGUUCAGCUUGGAUACGACCUCGGUGCCGUGGCCUUUGAUGCUUCACUCGUUCUGCUCCGAGCUGUCGGACACAGAACACCCCGAGCUGCUCCUGAUCGGAGGGGGAGGGAACUGUUUCUCCUUCGGGACUCACUUGAAUCCGCAGCCCGUCGUUGUGGACCUCAGACCCGCUCUGGCGUAAGGCAGCCUGCCGCGCUGGGAAUAUCACCAUGGUAACCCCGCUGCUUCUUCCAAAAAGGAAGAGACUAAAUCCAGAUGUUUCAACUGGAAUACCCACAUGUAAAAUCCAUGAAAUGGCUAAUUCCAUCUGGUUUGGACCUUUUAUCAGGUCUGUUGUCAUACACUUCUGACAUCCCAUCAUCACGAUUUAAUGAAAAAAUAAAUGGAUAAAAACAAAGGAUUUUAAUCAUUAUAAAAGUUUCAUCACUCUGAUUCCUCUUGAAAUCCACUUUUAUUAGUAUGUACAUAUUUAUAUAUUUCUAAUAAAAAAUAUUAUA